CUUUUCAAUCGUUUUCUGUGAAACAAAUCGAGAAACUUGCGGAAAAUACCAUUUCAGCGUUUAACAUAAAAACGUGAAAUAAAACAUAUAAACAAAAAAAAAACGAAAUUUGUUUACGUUUUUCCACUGAGAAUUAUUGCUUUGAGCAAAAGGAAAUUAUGAACCAUCUUAAAUGGAUGGGCCACUCGGCCACCAUAUUGGAUAUACAAAAGAAUCUGCGCAGCGAUUUGGAAAGUUGUGAAGUAACAUUAGUUGCCAAGGGUCAUUCGGUGAAAGCUCACCGCUUUGUACUAUCAUCCUGCAGCGAUUUAAUGCGUUCUUUGUUAACGGAUAUACCCUUGGGCCAAGAGUGCACAGUGAUGGUGCCAGACAUUGAAGGCGUUUUGUUAGAUAGUGUCUUAGCGUUCAUUUACUUGGGCGAAGCAUGCAUAUCUGCUGGUAAUUUAUCUGUAUUUUUGGAAGCAAUUAAUAUUUUAGGCAUCAAAUCGGCGAUUAGCUUUGAAUGCCACUCAAAUUCUUCACAAAAUGCCAGCACUGACACUGUGUCAUCUAGUUCCCCGUCUCCCGUGGUGACGCGAGUUUUAGGCAAUAGCCUGAAUUUAAGUCAUGAAGAAAUGAUCACCCACGACAGCAUAACGCAAAAAUUGGAACCGUCAAAUGUUAUUCCGGCCGAAUCGCCAUCGACAGCGACCAACACAUCUAACAGAGAUUUGGAAUUUUUAGACGUCUACCAUGAUCCCCAAAAUAAAAUUACUUAUUCCAUAGAACAUGUGUCAGGCGUUGCGGGUGGCAAUGAAUUUAUAUUAACCGAAAAUUCAGGCACUUAUACAUUGACACAAAAUCCAAAAUUAGAAACCGCUUCAAGUACAGCUUCCGCAAAUAUGGACACCAAUGAGGAUGAAGGUGUCGAAAUUCAUAUUAGCGAAGAGUACAGUAGUAAUGAUGAGAACCUUAUGCAAUUAGAUGACUCAGCACCUGAAGUUACGGUUACAAAUGCAAAUUCUUCAGCUGCUCACAGCGGUAAUACUAUUAAUAACGUAGUUGAGGUAAAGCCAAAAAUAAAAACAAUAAAAUUAAAAGCCCGACCUGGCACAGCCAACGCUGUUAAGCUGGACACUCCAAUGGAUACGGCGAAUGUCUCGGAAGAUCCUAUCUCUAUAAUAGAAGCACAUGAUGAAAACUUUACUAUUCUUAAAGAGAAUGGAAACAAUGAAAAUGCAGGAGACAAUGAGUCAGGUGCAACCGAUUUAGUAAAUUGUAGCUCAUCGCAGACGCCGAUUGACUUAGCUUAUCAAGCCAUGAUAAACGAAGGGAUAAGCUUGCCUAAAGCGGCUUCCAAAUUUAAUGUAUCCAAAACAGAGUUGUGGUGUCGAGUACGCAGCACAGGUGUCGAAAACUAUAUGUCAUCGACGUCAGAGUCUAAUUCAGUUCGCCCAAUAAAAAAAGAAGAUGCAAUCGAAAUGGCAUGCAAAGUUGUCAUUUCUGACGGUUUGAGUUUGCAGAAAGCAGCGAUGAAAUUUGACAUAUCGAAAACGGUUCUUUGGCGCCGUGUACGUAAGCAUCCUGAUUAUAUGAAAACUGCCCGCGAAAAUCCCAUAGUUACUAAAGCCUAUGAACGCUUAAAAAGUGGUGAAUCUUUGAAAAGCAUCAGCCUAGAUUUGGAUAUACCCAUGUCGACUUUACAUCGUCAUAAGGUGCGACUAUCGCAACAGGGUCAAUUGCCCGACUUUGUUACAUGCAAAAGACGCGAUUCCACCUCAAAGGAUGAUCUCAAGCUUAAAUUGGCCAAGGCGGUGCAAGCUUGCGUGCAAAAUGGCAUGUCCCAAAAUCAUGCUGCCAACGUGUACGGGAUAUCUAAGAGCACAUUAUGGCGCCACCUUCAAAAACGUGUCGCAGAAGCUGAAGCAUCUGAAGCUGCUGAACACUCUACCGGAUCUAUGGAAGAAGACGAAAUCAAAGAAGAAGUUAUACUUUCAUAAAAUCCGCCAAUCAAUUUAUUCGCGGCAAUAUCUAAAAGAGAAAAAACCAAUAAAGCAAAUAAUGAAUUUUAUUAAAUGCGUAUUUUAAAUUAUUUAAAUGUGAAAGCGAAAUAUAUGCGAAACUAUAUUGUUAACUAUAAAAAUUACACAUAAAAUUUAUUUGUAUACUAAA